AUGACUACCGGGCCUUUGAAGCAAGCGGCCGAGUCCGCCCGGACGAGGACGUCUGACAUGAUGAAGAGUGAUACUGUUGCUCGCAUUUCAAAAUUCAUUCACACUCCCUACAUGGUUGCCGCCCUGCCAUUCAUCAAUGGCGGUAUUAGUGGCAUGGUCGCCACCACCGUCAUCCAACCUGUUGACAUGGUCAAAGUCCGCAUCCAGCUGGCUGGUGAAGGUACCGCAUCUGGGCCAAAACCGAGCCCAAUCGCUGUUGCUCGUCAAAUUGUCGCCAGUGGCAGAUUUGCCGACCUAUACACUGGCCUGUCGGCUGGCCUGUUGCGCCAAGCUGUCUAUACCACCGCUCGCCUGGGCUUCUUCGAUACCUUUAUGGGAUCUCUUAGCUCCCGAGCCAAGGCUGAGGGCCGGAGCGUUGGAUUUAAAGAACGCGCCACUGCUGGUCUCACUGCCGGUGGUCUGGCUGCCAUGAUUGGCAACCCGGCAGAUCUUGCUCUCAUCCGCAUGCAGAGCGACGGUCUCAAGCCGCUUGCCGAGCGUAAAAACUACAAAUCCGUUAUUGAUGCCCUGUCAUCCAUCGCCAAAAGCGAAGGCAUCGGCGCACUCUGGGCUGGCGCUGCCCCGACUGUCGCCAGAGCCAUGGCCCUCAACUUUGGCCAGCUCGCCUUCUUCAGCGAAGCCAAGGCCCAGUUGAAGCAAAAUACUGAUCUCUCUCCUCGAGUCCAAACUCUUGCCGCUAGUGCCACGGCAGGAUUCUUCGCUUCCUUCUUUAGCCUGCCUUUUGACUUUGUCAAGACACGCCUGCAAAAGCAGCAAAAAGGGCCUGAUGGCAAGCUGCAGUACAAGAGCAUGACAGACUGUUUUACCAAGGUGGCUAAGCAGGAAGGCCUCCUACGAUUCUACUGUGGUUUCGGCACAUACUACGUCCGCAUUGCACCCCAUGCCAUGGUGACGUUGAUUGUUGCCGACUACCUUGGUUGGCUCACAAAGUAA